AUGUCUUGUGUUUCAGCUGAAGAGACGAAUAUCUUCUUGAUCAAGUGCAUCAAGUACUCCAAUAAUGGAAAGGUCGAUUUCGCUGCGGUCGCCGAGGAAUGUGGUAUUGUCAGCAAGGGAGCAGCCGCAAAACGCUAUGAGCGUAUCCUUAAGGGCAAUGGUAUUCAUCCAUCGUCCGGCGAGGGAGUGGACGAGGACGGGGCGCCUGGAUCCGCAAACGUGACUCCCAAGAAGAACGGGGCAUCGACCAAGCCCAAAACGCCUCGAAAGACUCCGACUAAGCCCAAGGCCAACGGAGCGCCUAAGACUCCUACCAAGCGCAAGACCAACAAGGGAGAAGCCAACAACGAAAGCCCCACUAAGAAAUUCAAGUCUAAAGAAAAGGUUGUGGACUCCGAUGCGUCUGUCAAAGCUGAUAAUGACGAGGUAGAGGAGGAACUCCCGCUGCGUACGAAGAAUGACCCAUUCUUGCCUGUUCCUGCUGUCGAUAAGGAGUCAGAGGAUGCAAUUUUCAAGGAAUUCUGCAACACUGGAGCCAUGGUCAAGCACGAGAACGAGAUGAUUGAAAACCAGGUCGUGUAA